CCUGCGCGCCGCCCUGGAAGAAGAGCAAAUACACCCACACGCCGUUCCGCAACUCUGCUGCGCUCUCCAAGUUGCAUUCAACUCGACGCCUACACACCGCAGCUCCGCUAUAUAUACGUUCUGGCUCCGCCCUGCCUGACGUAAACAAACCCCUAAUGGCUUGGUGCACAGCAGCAUCGCUGGAGGAUCUGUCGUCCCUCACAGUAGUAAAGGCAGUCGUUUCUGCCGUGAACUACAAAGUCAAGAAAGCCUUAGACUCAAUACCUAAGCAACUGCUCGUCCAACAUCGUAAUAAAAUCGUGAAGGAAUGCACAGAAGACACUAGAGCUGUGGAAAAUAGUGUAAAUCCUUCUUCAAUGCAUACUGAUGGUCGAGGUGAUGCUCCUCAGGGUUCCCGGUCGUGUCAUUCUUGCCCGGACUCGGCCACGACCUGUUGCUUGGAAAGGGCAAAGCAAGAGAUACAGGUGUCCGUGCUGGCAGUCAAAGGCUUCUGGAUGAAACUUCCGAAGUCCGGCCUGCUACGUUGUCUGAACGCCGCUGUGGACAGACUGACGGAAGUCCACCCGAAGGACGAUUCUGACUUCGUGCAGCAUCUAUCGAAACUGUGUCUGAAAUUAGUACUUUUGACAGAAGUGUUCAUAGAUCGUGAUUAUGGAGACAGGGAUAAGUUAUGCGUAGUUCCGUCAGUGUGGGUGAACUGGAUGGUUGAACUGAUAAAAUCCCUUGAGCCACUACCGACUAAAGUGUUGUCGUGCUAUGGAGCGAUGUACCCCGGCAUUGUUGAGAGCGUUUUGAAGGCGGCGCCGAACAUAAGAGAGCUCAACCUGUCCCACUUGAAUAUAACCGACGAUCUUCUCGUGGCUGCCAGCAAGUUCUGUCCGAGGCUCGAGAGGCUGCGGCUCUUACACUGCUAUCCUUGGCUGGUUCUAUCACGUCAAGGCUUUGCUCGAGCAUUCUUUGGUGAUCAAUCUUAUGAGAAUCUAGUGAAGUGUUUGAAGAUCAAACCAAAACAAAGAGUCGAAAUCCAAUUCGCAAAUUUGAAACAAAUUGAGCUCAGCUAUGGUCCAGUUCGAAUUAUUUCAGAUUUUCACAUAGCGCUCCUGGCAUUAUAUAAAAAUUUAAAUUUGAUUUACAGUGAAUGGAAAUUUAACUUCUUCGAUGAAGGUUACGAGAAUUUUUGUGAAGAUGUAAUAAUUGAGGCCAUGUCAGUAUCUGGAACGCUAUCAAUUGACAAUUUAUUCAUAAAGGCUGAUUACCUGCACGAACUUUCGGCCGAUGGUCUUGAUAGGCUUGUGUGGCACUGCCCUCUCCUCACAACCCUUAGAAUCGACUGCAGAACAACCCAAGCCCGAUCAUCGGCCGCUGCUGUUAAGAAAAUAGGGUGUCAACUUGCUCACAUUGCCCGAGGGAGGAAAACUAUUCAUUCGAUCCACGCCAACGUCUCAAAAGAUGACUGGCACACUCGUUCAAUUCUCAUUCCUUUCAUACUUACAAGAGCCUCGUCACUGAUAGAUAUUACGCUUGAAGCUUGUAGCGAUUCUGAACAACUUUCAACGAGCUUGGUGAAGUUGGUUCUGGAAACUUGCCCCCAAGUCGAGCGCCUUAGGCUCAAAGUUUGGAAUCGAUCAUUGAUACGUCUUCCUACUGCUACAUCCGACACGCUUGCGUUCCCACAACGAUCAACCUUAAGCGAGAUUUGGCUACAUGAAGGAGGACCUGGUGAAAUAGAAGGCAGCUUAUCAAGCUGUAGGUUAUGGCUCGUUUUACUCAAUUCUUUGCUGUCUUCGGCACCCAACAUCAAAACCUUAAGUUUCACAAUCUGUGAAGGACUCAUAAAUAUCCUUGUUAAACUUCACUCAAAUGUUGAACGCAUGCAUGUGCAUUUUCUGGAUGGUCAUGAAUGGCAGCCUUCUGAAAAUCAAUUACACGCCUUAAUUAGUAAUCAACCGAAACUUCAAUGUCUUUUUUUGGAAGAAAUAUCUGGAGAUCUUUUUUGGAAAGUACAGCAGUACUAUGAGCAAACUCAAUUACAAAUUCAUUGGGGUACGUUGAACAAUUGGCCUAGGUCGUAAUUUACAUAUAGUAAAAACUUUUAAGGCACUUCUCGUUUAUUUUAGCCGGUUAAAAUUUAUCGAUUGGCAUAAUUGAUUAGAGUAAAAUUCUAGCCUCCACAUUCUAGAAGUGGGCUACGGCCCUAAGAUAUGAGGCAAGUGUUCAAUCAGUGUUCUGUUAAGGCCCGUUUACACUAGGGGCAACACACGAGAGUCAAGUGCCUCAAAGC